AUGUUGAGGGCAAAUGAACAAAGCAGUGACACCAGAGGAGGGUAAGUAUUGAAUAGAUUCCGCCUGUAACCUCAGUCAGGCCCAUUCACCACCAUAAUUAGGCUCUCAAGUGAGAAGUGGCUCCACCACUAAGGCUGUUUGAUGAGAAAUGGCCAGGUAUCCAAGAAUGAGCCAAACAAAUUGAAGAAAGGAGUGCUGCUUAGCCCUCAGUCUCCUUUCGAUUCGGAUUGGGAAUGUUUCUAUUAGAGCCCAUUGAAAAAUCUCCAUGCAGGUAAUAGAUACAACUCUCUUAUUAGACUUUAUCAACCUAUAGAGAGUGGGAAACACCUGUGUAGUUCCUGCCAUCCUCUCCCUGACGACUGGUUGGGAAGUUGGGGUGCAACAACAUAUUGAGGGCACCACAUUGACUAUACCCGAGAGGGAGACAUGUUUGUUUCUUAAGCAUCUGCCUGUUCCACUGACUGCGCUGGGAAUAUUAUGUUUUCAGUGUGAAGUCUUUUAGCUCUGGAAACUGUGGCUAUGGAAGUUGCAUUCUGUCAGUAACUUUCCCCACGAGCAUGCCAAGAUCCUGCGAGAAAAUCGUACAGUGGUACCUUGGGUUAAGAACUUAAUUUGUUCUGGAGGUCCGUUCUUAACCUGAAACUGUUCUUAACCUGAGGUACCACUUUAGCAUUAUGUGUAUGUACAUGUGCAUGGCAUGGCAGGAAUGCAUGGGAACAUUAGGAAAGAUGGUGGCUGAAACUUGGUUGAGUAAUCAUUGGCAGCUAUAGGAGCUCAGGAAAGGGAGCAAGUCUGGGGAUCAGAUUGGCUUGUUGGGUUAUUUGAAAAACAGUGCAUUCGGCAAGAACAAUAUUUGUGGCAGGGAGUCACAAGGGUGGUGGCUGAUGAAUUCAGCAGCCAACUACCAGGUGUUUCCAGAGCUACACCCUCACUUACAUUUUGAGGUCCAGCUUCAUGAGCUAUUUUACCACUCCAGUGAUUCAAAGCAGUUUGAUCAGUUGCAAGGGCCCCACAUCCCCUCCUACACUUUUUCCAGACUUAGGGAGAGGAAGGGGCAGGGCUGGGCCUCAUCCAAGAACACGUAUCUUUGGGUUUUGGGUAGGCUGUGAAAAUCAAGUUCCCUUUCUGCAACCAACAAAGUUGGAUCCAGUGCAAUAGGCUUUCGGCAGGACAUUUAUUUAAGCAUUUGUCCGGCGUGUUAUGGCGCGUAUAGAAUGAAGCUCCCUCUGCUGGUUAAGAAAGAGUCCAUAUGGAUUUGCCAUGUGGAUUAGGAGUAUUAGAGCAGCACCACACUGCUCUUGGCUUCCUAUCCCACCUUUAUGGGCAUAAAUCCCACUAAGUACAGUAGGACUUCCUUCUGAGAAAAUAUAUAUAGUCCUUGUUGGUUAUAUGUUCCCCAUGAGACAGCUAUAUAAAUGUACAACCAUCAAAAUAUACCAUUCAAGUGCUUCCCCCUUUCCUGAAUACUAUGCAUGUAUGCUCUAAUAGACUCAGUCACUGCGCCAGUGUAACACCUCUGGUUCCUCCCUGUAGUUUGUUUUUAGUAUUCACAGAGAAGGGUCUCAUAUUAACCAAACCCAUCACAUCUCUGGUAGAAUGAGGUAUUUGCAAAGGAUAUAUAUACAAAGAGAGAGAGAGAGUGAGUCAUGGCAAGAAUGUUGUGCUCUAUUUUCUGUCGUGGGUGCUUUAGCUGAGAAUCCUGUAUUCCAGGGGGUUGUACUAAAUGACCUUUGAGGUCCCUUCCAACUCUGCAAUUCUAUGAUUCUAUGAUUUCAGCAGCCUUAAAAACACUAAGGGCAGUAUUCAAAUAUAUUUUUUCUGCACUAGCACAAGAUUCCCCGCUCUCCUUCCUCUGCACACACUCUGCGCUCAGUGGAGGAGGUGGGGGGUGGAGAACAGGUGGGGGUGUGGCUGGUGCGUGUCCCGGGGGCGGGGCGCCCAGUGCGGGGGUGGGGCAGCCGCAAUGGCACCCCACCGGGAUUGCGCUGCCCCCGCACCCCUCUUCCUCCACCAGUGUCUGCGCUGUCCUCAAAUCUUCUCCAGAGGGGUUGGGGGAAUCCCCAUAACAGGUUUGGUGGGAGGAAGGAAAGGGGAAGAAUGUUCCUUUGUGCAAGGAGAAAACUUUGCACUGAUGGAAUGUUCUCUUUAGUGCUGUAUUGAAUAGGACCGUAAGCCUGGGAGAAUUCUAGAUUCUGUUGUAGUUCCAUUGCUACUCUCAAUCACUGGUUCUUUUUCUCUUGCAUUGCAAAGUGUUACACCAUGAGAAGGGUGCAUUUUAUCGUAUAUUUCUCCUGCAUCAAACUUCUUCUGAGUUACUGAGCAAAUUACUAAGCUAGUGCUGCCAUCUGCAGGCCAAGGGGUCAAAUCAAAAACCUUCUCUAAUUUGAAGAUGGGUUAGCAGGGGCUGAUGGGAAAUGUGGUCCAAAACAGCAGGUAGGCACUAGGCAGGUGAAGGCAGGGCCAGGUGGUAGACAAUUCAGCUUUAUGUUGUUGUUUCCUGUACCACAAGAGGAGCAAACCAAAAGUCACACACUCCGAACUUUAAUCCCCGCAUUGAGAGAUCUGUGAAAGUCACACACACCCCGCCAAAAUACAUACGUGAAUACAGAAUGACUAAACAUCAGGAAGAACUUUCUGACAGUAAGAGCUCUUUAACAGUGAAACAGACUCCCUCAGAAUAUGGUGGACUCACUUUCAUUGGAGGUUUUAAGCAGAAGUUGGAUGGCCAUCUGUCAGGGAUGCAUUAGUUGAGAUUCCUGCAUUGCAGAGGGUUGGGUUUGAUGACUCUUAGGAUCCCUUCCAACUCUACGAUUCUAUGACAGAAAUGGUGUAAAAGUGAAGGACUGGAAUAUGCUGUUGCCUAAGCACGCAGCGUCAACUACUUGCUGUCAGACAUGGUAUAGAUUUAAAGACUGCUUUUGUGUUUUUACUACAUUUCAUAAAUUGGGGGUCUCCAAAUACUUUCUCAUUCGCUGAUAGAACUCAUAGCAAGGCCUGAAGGAAGCCAUUUCCCACCUAAAGGGAAAACAUGGGGGUGUUUGUUUGUUUGUUCAACAACUCAGUUGUUUACACCCACCAAUCUGUCACUUCUUUCUAAUGAAUUGUAAUUUUCUGGCAUCUGCAUUGCAGUUUUGCAUUUGCCUGCGUGUGUUCAAAUUCUACGGGGCAGAAAAAUCUCACUAGCCGUUUUGUGAAAACAAACACUAAAGUAGUAUUGAAAAAGGGCAUCCAGGGACCUUCUUGUGCAGCAAACGUUGCCAUAUUGUUAAAUCGGCCCUGCUUUAGUAGAUGAUUGCACAAGCUUCCUCUGGUUUAGUAGAAGUGAUAAAGAUAUACCUCAUAUCCCAAAUGGACUUUUCUAUUUUAGAUGUACCACUGGGGGAAGGCAUCCAUUUGGGGGAAAAACCAGACUAGCAGGAUUUUCCAAACAAAACUCCACUUUGAAAGAACCAAUUAAAUGUCCCACCACAAAAACCCCUCUUAGGAGCUUAAUGUUGUUAAAUAGACUCCGAAGCCUGAUUACAUCAUAGCAAAGGGAAGGAAACCUUUUGUUUUCAUUUAUUCACUCUUCUGGAAAGGACAUUUUAACAAGAAAAACAUUUCAGUGAUGGUAUUGAUAUCCAACUGAAGGAAAGGGCUAGAAUCUACAGGACAGGCACCUGAAAGAACAGGAUGCUGGACUAAACAGGCCACUGGCCUGAUCCAGCAACCUCUCCUGACCUGAAAUAUAUGUUGCCAUUGUAAACGUAGUGAAUACCUUGAUAAACUAGAACAAAUGUAGCACAUUUUCUCAUAUUCCAGGCAACGACCGAGAAGGAAAUUCAAAGUUGGGAGAGGAAACUCAGCUAAACAGGAGAUGGGGAAGAGCAGGACUCGCUUUGGGAAAAUGAAGCACAAUCGCAGGCUUCAAUAUCGCACCUCUGCCCUCUACAGUUGCGCGUACCCUGGGGCUCUGGCAGGAUGCAGUAACCAGGGAUUCCAAAGGUAUUCCAUGCCUGUACCCUGCAGUCAAUUCUCCCCCUUAGCGUGGCCGCGGGCUCCACUUACAGAGCACAGCUGUCUAUUUGGAGGGCUGGCAGUAAACCAUCUGAUGGGCUGUCUGGUCUCAACCUGGUUUAAGAAUGAAGAACCAUAAGAAGGGAGGACAGGAUCCAGCCCCCACACAGCAGGGCGCAAACAGGUCGCCUAGCCAGUCUUUCCUAGUAUGGUGAGCUGGAGUGUGCUUGUGCGUGCACACAUGGACAUUUCGUGCAAACAUUGGCUGACUUUUGUGGGGGUGCAUUUCAUUUUAGUGGGGGGUGGGAUGUGAUGUACAAGUGUUUACCCUAUCUUGCCUAGAAGCUUACACUGCAUUGGUGAAACUGCUCUGCAUGUUGAAAGCUACUAUCACCAAUUAAUGCUGUACUCACUGCCCUUCCUUUAUCCACCACAAAGCAUUACAAUCCUAACAGAGUCCCUCCUGGAUCUACUAAGGACUCCUUCACACAGCCCAGGCCUGUCUCUACUGUAUUUUCUCAAGUAGACAAAUUUAAACUAUCUGACCUGCUGAAGUUUUUCAAACCUUGUCUUGUAUUACCAUAUUGAUGUAGAAACGUAGUGCCAAUUAAAAUUUCAGAAAACAGUCUUGGGGCGUUGUUCAUUCUAGAGACUGGCCAUGAAGGAAUCAAGUGAUAGGAUUGAGAUCUAGAAAGUAGGUGUUCUUCCUAGUCUUUGUCCAAUAUUUAAGAUCCUUCCAUAUCAAUGAGAAUGUUAUUUCUUUAAUUCUAUUCCAAAUUAUCAGAAGGGCUAUAGAAAGUUAUGCCUUUAUGCCUUUCUUUUCUCCAGACCAUGGUUGGUAUAUUAACUCAAAGAAAAUUCUUCUUCCAUCUAAAUCCAAGUGACUAUUCUUGCCUUAUCCAAGAAAUCAUUGCUUAAAAGGAUGGGUUGUUUGGUAACUAGUCCACAGCUGGAGCAUUGCUAGCUAAAACAACUCUUUAAUGUUUGACAUAAUUCAGUGCAUGCUAAACUGUAACCAGAUUUGUUAAUCAUUUCAGGGUUGUUUAAAAAGAGAGAGAUAUAUUUCCUUGCAUAUAGACACAGAAAGACAGAUAGACAAGUUCUGUUUCAGUCUUGCCCAGAAGAUGAAGAGGAGCAUAUUGGCUUAAACCUUCUAUGACUGCUGAGGGCUCCUCAGUUAUCAUAACCCUCAAAUUAUAUUGUAGAAGGCUACUUUUCUUGUAAUUUCACCUAUUCACUGUUCAGCUGUAUUGCGAGGGACCUAUUAUACAGAAGGGUGCUCUCAGGAUGAUUUGAGAGUGCCUGUCACAAUAGCCAGGAAAUCUUAUGGGAACAGUGUUGAUCCCUGUUUACCCACAGCACACAGACCAACAAUAUCAACAAAUGGGGCACAGCUAAAGUUAUAUAAAAUUAGUUAAAUCAUGCUGAGCUCCCAAUACUAAAAGCACUUCUUAUUUUGAGCUACAUAGCUGGAAAAGCAGCUAUCUGGGAUAUGGCAUGGCUUGAUCCUCUUCUCUGUAUGUCUUAACCAAGGUUUUGAAUAUGUAGGAGGGAUUCACCAGAUGAGAGUAAGGGGAUCCUUCCAGAUGUUGUAGGACUCCAACUCCCACCAGCCACAGCUGGUACAGCCAAGGGCGAGGGAUGAUGAAAGGUGAAGUCCAACAUCUGGAGGACCAAAGCACAGUGCUGAGAACACCAAGCUGGCAGGUUCGAUUCUCAUAUGGGACAGAUGCAUAUUCCUGCAUUGCAGGACUAGAUGAUACGCAGGGUCCCUUCCAACUCUACGAUUCUAUGAUCCGCACAGCAGGUGAUUCAAAUGUUCUCCUAAGCAGCAAAUGACACUUUCACAGACUGGGGAGGGUGAAAUUCAUAAUGUCACAAAAGCAUGAUCAUUAUGUUCCAGUGGCCCUUUAGUCGUAGAACAUUUUGUUCAGAAUGAUUUUGAUUACUGCCCAACGCCUCUCACCAUCUCUUUUACUGUGUUCCAUUUCUAAUAGGAGCCAGGAGAAUUUGCAGAAAUGGGCACCGCAAAGCUUAUGCUCCGAAAUCCACAUCUUCCCGCAGGUUGUUCUGAAGCCAGGAACUGCCCCAUCUGCCUCGAUGUUCGUUCAUUUGCUUCAGAAACCAGGAGACGCCCCCUUGAACGUGAAACCUUGCCAUCGCAAUCUCCCCCAAGCCUUGCCUUCCGUUUAUUACAGAAGAUCUGAAGGACUGAACCCUUUGAAUAAGACAGCACUUUGGAAUCCGAGAUAAAUCGCUUUGUAAUGAACCAACAGCAAUGCACUCAUGGAAGUUUGUGGGAACUGACUUCUUGCUCUUUUAUGGCAUACAUAGCCCAUUUAUGAAACCUGUCAUUAUAGGUCAGUUUAUGUAAAAUACAAUAGAGAAAACAUGUAUAAUCUGAAGCAUGCAACCCUAUGAUAUAGGCUGCUUGUUCAAAACUGAAACAUACUACUAAAAAUGUACCAUCUACUCGGGUAACAGUGGGAGCUCUAAAAAGGAAAAGUGAGUUUUAACGUUUAUUUUAUUUCAAGGCAUUGGUUCAUAGCCCUAUUAUUUAGUAAAGUGUUUCUUCUGUAGCCAGGUGGACAACUUGAC